AUUAUAAUAACCUAUACAGUGAGAUUUUUUUCCAUUUCUGAAAAGAUUCUCUAUUUAUAUUCAGCCCUACAUAUAAAGACAUGCGUAUUUGAUCAUUUUUGUCAAACCCAAAUCACAAUUUCUCUGUUGAUCUCUUGCUUUCUUUUUUGUUUUCUGCAAUGGAAUCAAUUCGUGUAGAACCAUGCCUUUCUGAUGCCUCUAGCAUAUCAGCUGCUUCAGAGGGGGCUACUGCUCCAAAAGUUGGCAGUGAUCAUGGCAAGAGUGUUAUCGACUUAAGGAUGAAGAGAGAGACUGCUCCGACAGCCUACGAACCGAAUUCUCGUACUCUACUUGAUCUGAAGCUUUCGAGCGAGGGUUCGGUUCGUGGGUCUAGGCUAGACCUCAAUCUUUUUAACCCUGCGAGUGGCGGGUCUUCUCAUGAAGAUCAAACUGUUGCUGAGAAGCAACCGGAAGGAACUAGGGUUUUCUCAUGCAACUUCUGUAAGAGAGAGUUCUCUACGUCACAGGCUCUUGGUGGACAUCAAAAUGCCCACAAACAAGAACGUCAGCUAGCUAAAAGGCGUCAUGGGAUGGAUUUAGGUGCUUUUGGUCACUAUCCAUAUUAUCCUUAUUCAAGCCUUUCGCCUCACCCUUUUUAUGGAUCUAUUAGUAGAUCGCUUGGCGUGAGAAUGGAGUCUUUGAUUCAGAAGCCUUCAUCUUUUCCAUGGAUGUCCUCCAGUGCCGGUGCCGGUGCGGCCUUUCGCUAUAGCCAUGGCGGGUGGUCUAGGCAACAAGCCAUGAUGAAUUCACAAUCUUCAAUUGACAGGCUAAGGGCUGAGAGUUUGAAUACUAUUAAUGGUGGUGGAUUGGGAACUUCUCCAAGAUUUGAUGAGAACAGAAAUAAUACAUUACCAAACGUUGGUGCUUCUUCGUCAUCAAAUAAUCUUGGGAUAAUUAAAUCAUCUGCCGGAGAUAAUCUCCGGCCAGCCGGACGUGCAACAGGUGAUCAAGUGGAUGCGUUAGGAAUCGAUUUGUCACUUAAACUUUAAGUAUUUUGUAUGAUUUAGCUUUAAAGAA